AGAAAGGGUGUGAGUGGAGCCAGACAAGGGGGAAGUUGACACCCCUGUUCACUUGCUUUCUUGGGACUCUCAGCCUCCUCUGGGCCCUUUGGCAGGAAGAGUAAUUAGGUUAUGCUUUUAAUCACAGCUAGAUUCACAAGCAGGAGGGGAAUGAAAGAAUAGGGCAAAGCAGUAUUAGGUAUGAGGGGCAGCUCCUUCUCCAGCACCUCUGAGUGUAGAGGCGCCAUGCUUUGAUUGGACCAGACAGCAUUGCCUUCCCACCUACUCGCUUGUCCCCUCUCUUUGCUUUCUCCACUGUUUUCCCUUUUCUUCCAGGACAUUGGGUUCCAGGGAGCCGCCCAAGAGCUUAAUGAUUGCCCAGACAGUGGCUAUAAAGGGACCUGGGGAGCCCAGCACUGGAGACAGAGACUGAAAGCCCCAACUCAGCAGUUUAGGUGUGCAACCAAGAAGCGGCAGGCAGGCUUGUGGUACCUGGAGCAGCUGGAGUCCCAGAAGGCAGGGCAGGGCUCCCUGCUCCCUCCCACUGGACAUCAUGGCUUCCCGGAGCUAUGGCUAUUACCGAACUGUGAUUUUUUCUGCUAUGUUUGGGGGCUACAGUCUGUAUUACUUCAACCGGAAGACCUUCUCCUUUGUCAUGCCUUCACUGGUAGAAGAGAUCUCCCUAGACAAGGAUGACUUGGGACUCAUCACCAGCAGCCAAUCAGCAUCGUAUGCCAUCAGCAAGUUUGUGAGUGGGGUGCUAUCUGACCAGAUGAGUGCCCGGUGGCUCUUCUCAUCCGGGCUGCUGCUGGUUGGGCUGGUCAAUGUGGCCUUCUCCUGGAGCUCUACAGUAUCAGUCUUUGCUACCCUCUGGUUCCUUAAUGGGCUGGCCCAAGGGCUGGGCUGGCCCCCAUGUGGGAAGGUACUUCGAAAGUGGUUCGAGCCAUCCCAGUUUGGCACCUGGUGGGCCAUCCUGUCAACCAGCAUGAACCUGGCUGGAGGGCUGGGCCCCAUCAUGGUGACCCUCCUGGCACAGAGCUACAGCUGGCGUAGCAUUCUGGCACUUUCAGGGGUGAUGUGCGUGGCCGUCUCCUUCCUCUGCCUUCUCUUCAUCCAUAAUGAGCCAGCAGAUGUUGGGCUACAAAACCUGGACCCCACCCCCAAAAAGAGCAAGAAGGGCUCCCAGGAUGAUGAGAGCACUCUACGGGAACUGCUGCUGUCCCCAUACCUGUGGGUUCUCUCCACUGGCUACCUGGUGGUGUUUGGGGUAAAAACAUGCUGCACUGACUGGGGCCAGUUCUUCCUUAUCCAGGAGAAAGGACAGUCAGCCCUUGUGGGCAGCUCCUAUAUGAGUGCCCUGGAGAUUGGGGGCCUUGUGGGUAGCAUUGCAGCUGGCUACCUCUCAGAUCGGUCCAUGGCAAAGGCGGGGCUUUCGGUGUAUGGGAACCCACGCCAUGGAUUGCUGCUCUUCAUGAUGGCUGGGAUGGUUGGGUCCAUGUACCUCUUCCGUGUCACAGUCACUAGUGACUCCCCCAAGGAUGCUGCCUUCUGGACACCAGCUCUACACCCUCUGGCUGAGCUCACGGGCUUCAUGGAGCAUGAGCUCUGGAUCCUGGUGCUGGGUGCCAUCUUUGGUUUCUCCUCCUACGGUCCCAUUGCCCUGUUUGGGGUCAUUGCCAAUGAGAGUGCCCCUCCCAAUUUGUGUGGUACUUCCCAUGCCAUCGUAGGGCUAAUGGCCAAUGUGGGUGGAUUCCUGGCUGGGCUACCUUUCAGCACUAUUGCCAAGCACUACAGCUGGAGCACUGCCUUCUGGGUGGCAGAAGUGACCUGUGCCAUCAGUACCAUAGCCUUCUUCCUCCUCAGAAACAUCCGAACCAAGAUGGGUCGGCUGCCGAAGAAAGCUGACUGAAGGCAGGCAUGGAGACAUCCUUUGGUGCUUAUGUGUGCUCCCCAGUCUUUACCUGGCAGUGAGCCUCUGGCUUCCCUUUUCUGCCUCUUUGCCCAAUGUAGGUGUUGGGUUUAUCUUUAUAGAACAGGGCUCCAGUUCCCAACACCCUUUGCCUGUCAACUUAUUUAAAUUAUAACCUUUGUUCCCAGGCUGUGACAGCUCGCCAUCCUGUGCCCAAAACAAACAGUUACACAACUGAGCCUUUGUCAGGGUUAGGUCCCCUGUGCCCGAUUGCCUCCCACUUUGGUAUCUAGGUAGUGCUCUGACCAGAAUACAGCAGUUUGGUCAGCCCAGGAGCCAUGGCCACCUCACUCCCACCAUGCAGAGGACACCAACAUCGAGGACUUUCUAAAUGAAACCUGGGGACUCAGAGUGGGGGAUAGGGUAGUGGUGGCACUUUUACCUUUUAUUCUCUGUGAAAAGACUGGAGUAGGGAGUGACCUCUCAAGCAUUGUAACAGAAAAGAAAAAAUAAGACUAGAUUUGAUACUAA